AUGGAUGAAGACUUGGGGAUGAUAGCCGAGAGGAUACGAGACAGCGAUAAGGAGAUACAAAACAAUGCUAUUGGGAUGUUGUUCGGAAUAGCAAAGUCGUCGCAUUCAAGAUCUGUGGAUGUGGUGAAUUUCCAGCACCUUGCAGACAGCCUAAUGAUGUUUGAGGAGGUAUGCAAAGAGAUCAGUGGAGAGAAUAGAAGAAAAUUAUGUGACAUAAUCAGUGCAAUAUGUGUUAUUGAUGACGAAAGGAAGCUUUUGAGAUAUCGCGUGGAUGGGAAUGUGAUUGAUCUUGAGGAGUGGGGGCAUUUAUAUGUAAAGAAGCUCGUUGAGUGUAUUUUGAAUGCCAAGAGCGGGAAGAUAGAGUUUGUGUUUGAGGAGACAAGAGAUGUAAGUCUGAAGUGCGUAGAGUUUCUUUUCAGACACAAUGCAGAGUUUGAAGCGAUUGACUUUUUGGUGGAGAUAGAGUGGAUUGGAUUAGUUGAGAAAUAUGUUGAUGAGCACAACUAUAGAAGAGUGGUGCUUUAUCUUGAAGAGAUGGGUUUGUUUGUUGAUGUUGAGGAAGUCCUUUCUGGAAUAUAUAUGAAGAUGGGUGAUUGUACGAGACAUGUUGUAUGGAUGCUGAGGCAUCAUAGGAAAGGUAGUGCAAUUGAUUAUGUGAAAGGAAUGAGCAAAGGAGAAUAUAAGACACAAUGCCUGUAUAUGCUUGCAAAAUGCAAUUUGUACUAUGAGAGUGAUGAUGUAGAUGAAAGAUAUAUCCUGUCGAAUAGCCAUGUGAAAGAUUUGUAUAGGAGUGUUGUGAUGGAGCUGGAGAUGGACAAACCAAGCAAGAUAGAGUCAAUAUUAAGGGGAUUUAAACCUGACAAGGAUAGCAAGCAGCUUGCAUCUGUUGCAAUGGCAAAUGGAUUUAUCCACAUGGGAUAUGGACGUGACCCGAUGUUUUUACCACACGAAGGAGACAUCCGGGUUCCUCUGGAUUACGAGGCGAUUCUUGGCGGAAACCAAUCUGAGCUCAUCUGUGUGUUUGGAUCGAUCGGGGUGAUUGAGUCAUGGAAUUCUGAGAAGGUAAUGGAGGUUCUACAGGAGCACAUUUUCUGCGACGGAUCGUACAGGAAGACGGGAAGCUUGUUGGGCCUUGCACUCUCAGGCAAUAGAAAUUUUGAGGAGUGGCCGGCAAUUCUUACGCUUUUACAAGGAAAUUUGCAGCAGCAAGGAUGUGCACAUAUACUUGCAACAUUGCUAGGGAUAGAGUCUAUGUAUUGUGGGACGCAAUCUGAGGAAAUACGUGAAAUGUUACAGCCACUAAUGUUUUCAGACAGCAGUGAGGUUGUGUUUUUUACUUCAUUCGUACUUGGAAGUGUAUUCUGUGGAUGUGCAGACGAGGAUCUUACAUCUCUAAUGAUACAGGUGUUUGUUGAUAAAAGCAAGGAAUCAGAGACUCAGUUCUUUAAAUUCCUAAUGCUUGGGCUUGCGUUUCUGUUUUACAGUAGGAAGGAUGUUGAGUGUGGAGUGAUUGAAAUAGAUUGUCCACUCAGCAAACAUGCAGCAGUAUUAGUCAGAGGGUUCCAGCAUGCAUACAGUGGAGACUCUGCAGUGAUUGAGUCAAUACUAACUGAUUCAUUUACUGGUGACACUGAUGCAUUACUUGAGUCGCUUGGACUCCUAAGCUGUGCUCUUGUAUCAGCAGGAGAUGAAAUAUCCAGUCAAUCAGUCACUGGGAUAAUAUCAUCAUCACUACUCUUGGAUUCAUCACACUUGAGGAAUGUACUUCCACUAUGUUAUAGUAUUCUGUAUCCUUCUAAUCCACAGGGGAAUGUUCUUGAUCUGCUUGAGAAGUUCCUGAACAUUGGAGAGACGAAUUGUGUGAUUUCCACAUUGCUUUCGCUUGGACUUAUUGGGGCAGGCACAAUGAAUGGCCGUAUAUCAAAGAUUCUUGAGCAGCAGUAUUCGUACUAUUAUAAAGAUUCGAAGAUUCUCGCGAUUCUUAAGAUUGCGCAAGGACUGUUAUCGUUGGGAAAGGGGAUGCUAAGCAUCUCUCCAUUGCAUUUUGACAAGGCAACGCCUGUUUCUAAGAGUUUAAUAGGAUUGUUCUCAACAGUGUUUAUGUUUCUGGACUCAUCAAGUAGUCCUCUGGUAUCUUCCCACACGUAUCUAUUCUUUUUGAUAUCUCAGGCAUGCACACCGAAGUAUGUAGUGUGUUCUGAAAAGAUUGGAAUCCGAGUGGGGCUUCCGGUGAACACUGUCGGUAUAGUUGGAGAGCCUCGGAGACUCUCGUCAAUUCAAACGCACACAACGCCUGUAGUGUUAAAUGAAAAGAUGAGGGCAGAGACCGACGAUGCCGUUUGUACAUCAUACAUUGAAGACGUAUUGGUUCUCAAGGCGAAGAAUUAA